AUGAAUUUAAUUAAUAAUAUGGAGAGAGAAUAAAAGAGAUAUAGAACUAAUAGCGCUUAUAGUUAUAAGGACACUUAAGAAGCUGAAUACAAUAAAGAGAAUGCCCAUGACUAUAAUAUUCAAACUGAAGAAAUUUCAUAUAGAAAUAGGUCUUUUAAUAAUAAAUCUAAUUCAAUUAAUCAGUAAAUGUCACACCAUCAUUUACUUAACAACAGCUAUAAAAAUCUCCCUAAAAUGUCAUAACCAGAAACACAUUCACUAAAAUUUACUGGGAAUUAAAUUUAGGAUCUUUAUGACAAAUUAAAGGCUGAUUAUACUAAGUUAAUGAUUGAUUUUUAAAGAGAGUAGAUGGAAAGCAAUAAUUUAAAGUCUUAAAAUAGACUUGAUGCAAAAAAGUUAAAUGAGCUAGAUAAAUUAGUAGCUGAACAAUAGCAAGAAAUAGUUACUCUGAAUAAUGAAAUUCAAUUGCAAAUAAGCUAAAAUAAUGUUUUGAGGGAUUAUCUCAGAGAAUAAGAAAACAGAGUUACUAAAAUUACUGCUGAAAACACUACUCUAAAUUAGGAAUUAUCAUCUACAAGGCCAUUAAGUUUAAAAAAUAAAAGCUAUACAAGUGUUUUGCAGUAAAACGAUUUAAAAUAUGAAUAAAUUUUAGAAAGUAAGGAAUGCUUAGAAAGAUAAAAUGAUCAAUUAUAAUAGCACAAUUCUAGGCUGUAACAGUAAAAUAAAGAGCUACAUGAACAAUUAAAUCACGUUAAAAUGCAAUUUUGUACCUUAGAGAAUCACUCAUAAUAAAUUUAAAGAAACCUCAAAUAAUUAGAAUUAGAGUCUAGCUAGAGCAAGAUCAAUGAAAGCCUAUUACAAAAAAGUUAUCAAAAAUUGGAAGAGGACUACAGAGAAAUGUAAAAUAUGAAUAUAAAUUUACAAGAGCACAAUAAGCAGCUAGGAAUUUUGAUAUAAAAAUUGGAAGAUAAAAUAAAGAUAAUGGAAGAAUAGUGCAACAAUACAGUAUUUUGGGAAUAAACUGCAAAGGAUUUUGAGUUAAAAUCUUUAUAGUAGCAAGAAGAAUAUUUUAAAAGCAAUAGCAACAUCAAAGAAAUGGAAAAUUAUAUGUAAAAACUAAAAAUUUAAAUGAAAGAAGAAAGAGAAAGGUAUAUAAAUGAAAUUAAAUCCUACAAAUAAGAAGUUUAACUUCACAGGGAAAAGAAUGACCUCCUAAAUAAGAACCUUCAAUAAUUUUAGAAAGAAUAUUCAAACUUAAAAUCGCAACAAAAGCAGUAUUAAAAUUAGAAUGAGCUAAUUAAAAAUUUAAAAGACACUUUAGUCAGUAUUGAAAGCAGUCUUUCAAGAGAGACUAAGCAGAAUGAAGAAAGACAAGUACAAAUAAAAGAAUAAGAAUAAAGCAUUUAAGAAUUAAAAAAGCUGAAUAACGAAAAAUAAGAAAAAAUAAUCAAAUUAGAAGAAUAAAUUAUAGAACUGAAUUCUAAAUAGUAACCUAUCUUGGACCUCUCAAACAUAAAUAAAGAAUAAAAUAAUAGCGUUGGAAGCACAAAUUUAAAUGAAACGUAAUUAAAUUACAUUUCCUGCAACAGUAAUAAAAUUGUACAGCCACAAAAUAAUUUGUAAAUAGAAAGCUACUCAGAAAUGCAAGAUAAAGUACGUAAAUUGGAGUAGGUCAUUUUUGAUUUAAAAAAUUAAAUCAAUAACCAAUAAAAUAUGCAUUAAUAGCAGCCCGUUUAAUAAAUUGAAAACAGCUUUUAUUAAUAAACUUAUGCUCCUCCAUAUAUUAAUAUGAAAAACACUUCGAUAUCUAAUUCCCCACUUAAUAAAAAUUAUUUAAGUUCGUAAUAUUCAAGCAAUAAUAAUCAUAAUAUUCACUCAUAUCAUAACAGUUCUUUUAACAUUUCACGUCCUACAAUUGAAAUAGAGAGGAACCAGUCUCAUAACAAUAGUUUCCAUUAUAGAAAGAAUUCUAAUGAUGGUUCUCCAUUUUUAGGAAGUAUAGUUUCGGGUCUUUAUACAAACAAAAGUAAAUCCUCCUAAAUGGAAAAUCUAUAAAGAAAGUACGAAGAAAUAAAAAAUAGAGCAAUAAAAAAUAAUUGA